AAGCAACAGAAUGAACAACGACGCACGAAAUAUACGACGUGAAAUGACUAGAAAGAAUUCCUAAAUACACAAAAAACCCGUAGAAAGAUUAUCAUAAAAAUCCUAAAAAAAAAACAUUCCAGCACAAUUAGUUGACAAAUUAAGAAAGCAGAUUUUGAGUCUCCGAGCUUUAACUUGAGCGGAUGUAUUGAGAAGUUGAUCAUUUCUAUCACAUUGUAGACAGACGAUAACAUUUAGGAAUUUUCCAGACAUGAAAUAACUACUCUCUGCAUUACUUCAUUCUUGAACUGCAGAAGAGUUUCAGCUCUCCCAUUACCCCUCCAGACCGUGAACGCACCCUGAACUCUGGCUGCCAUGGUAACCGCGAGACGCUCCAGGAAUAUGGCGGGGGUCUCGUUUCCUCACGGGGGCUAGCAUGUAGCAUCUCAACGCCAGGAGUUAUUGAAAGAAGACGUAUUUACGGGCGUUUAGAUUCCAGGGCAAGAUUUAUCGGAGUUUCUUAGCGACUCGCUCUUGUUGUUCUGGCGUUUUUAUUACGCCAGUGAUAAUUUAAUCCGCUAGUUAAGGUUAGCAUCGCUGCUAGCUUUAGCCGGACAGCUAGCUGUCUUCACAUCCAAGCUGAUGGCCUUCUACGAAGUGUACUCCCACCCGGCUGUGAUUCGGUACCGAACCAGUGUGUGCACAAAGGCCACGUUGUUCCUGGUUAUUGUUCUGUGCCUGACCUACAUCCCACCUUUGCUUGUUGCAUUCAGGAGCCAAGGUUUCUGGUUAAAGCAAAGCUCCUAUGAAGAACAGCCGGUCGUGAGGUUUCAGUACCAGACUCUGAUGGUUGCAGCCACCAGCACUCAAGGGGACUAUGUGGCCUGGAGCACCUUCCCACACCUCAACAACAUGCUGGGGCCCAGCCUGCGGAUCCCUGCCGUCUCUGUGAGGGAGGAGGACCUGAACCAGGAUGGAAAGUUGGACCUGCUGACGCUCCAGCUGCAGCUUCCCCUCAGAAACACUGAAGAGGUGUACAGCGUUCAGCUUCUGCUGACCUUCAGCUACCAGCUCUUCAGGAUGUCCACCGUGGUGAUGCAGAGCCUGGCCUUCGUGCAGCUGGCCUCUCCAGUUCCAGGAGCCAGACUCUUCCUGAGCGGGGAGCUGAGGCUGCAGCAGAGGACCCCCCUGCCCCACCGGGGGCUGUACAGCAUCUAUAAUGUGUCGGUGGUCGACGGCUCCAGCCCCUUUGCCAGCGCCUACGACCUGGAGAACAUAGUCAGGAGCUAUCAAGCCAGGAACUUAACGACGGUGCUGUCGUGUCCGAUGCCGGUCUGGACUGUGGGCCGGGCCGCCGGUUCUCCUUUUGAGCUGAAUGUUGAGAUCCGGUACCCCGUGGAGGUCAUCGCUUACCGGCCAGGAUUCUGGGAAACCAUCAAGUUCGCCUGGAUUCAGUACGUCAGCAUCCUCCUGGUCUUCAUCUGGGUGUUUGAACGCAUCCAGAGGUUUGUCUUCCAGAACCAGGUCCUCACGACGGUUCCCCUCCCAGCGGGGAAGCCUCACCUGUUGUGACCCAGCAGCAAAACCUCCAGGAUCCGGGCCGGCAGGUCCAGCUGCAGCCGAGUCCACCGCAGAGGUGUUGAUCCGACUCUCUGAUCGUCCCGCUGUCAGAGCUUCAGGUUCAGCAGAGCAGGCUGAAGAGGCAAUGUCAGCUGACAGGAACUGGUUUAGACAGCUUUAAGGGAAAAUCCUCCAUCCAUUCCUCUGACAGAACCGCUGAUGCUAGCAGCUCAAAUGACAGAAACAGUUCCUCAUGUCGGACGGAAAAACUGGUCUUCUGAGAUUUGAAAGUCUGUUUGAAUUCUUUUGUUUAUGAAUUUAAAGAAUUAAAGGUGUUCAAAGUUUA